AUGAAUUUCACAGGGGACCAGGUUCUUCGAGUCCUGGCCAAAGAUGAGAAGCAGCUGUCACUUCUCAGGGAUCUAGAGGGCCUGAAGCCCCAAAAGGUGGACUUCUGGCGUGGCCCAGCCAGACCCAGCCUCCCUGUGGACAUGAGAGUUCCCUUCUCUGAACUGAGCGAUGUCAAAGCUUAUCUGGAGUCGCACGGCCUGGCCUACAGUGUCAUGAUAAAGGACAUUCAGGUGCUGCUGGAUGAGGAGAGAGAAGCCAUGGCGAAAUCUCGCCGGCUGGAACGCAGCACCAGUAGCUUCAGCUACUCUUCUUACCACACGCUGGAUGAGAUAUAUAACUGGAUGGACAACUUUAGAACUGAGCAUUCAGAUCUUGUCUCCAAAAUUUACAUCGGCAACAGCUUUGAAAAUCGGUCCAUUUUUGUCCUAAAGUUCAGCACUGGAGGGUCUCAGCGCCCAGCCAUCUGGAUUGACACUGGGAUCCACUCUCGGGAGUGGAUCACCCACGCCACUGGCAUCUGGACUGCCAAGAAGAUUGCCAGUGCAUACGGCAAAGAUCCUGUUCUGACAAAUACACUGAAAGACAUGGAUAUCUUCAUAGAACUUGUCACCAACCCAGAUGGGUUUGCUUUUACCCACACCAUGAACCGCUUGUGGCGGAAGAACAGGUCAAGCAGACCAGGCAUCUUCUGCAUUGGUGUGGACCUCAACAGGAACUGGAAGUCAGGCUUUGGAGGAAAUGGUUCCAACAAAAAUCCCUGCUCAGAGACUUACCGUGGGCCCUCACCUCAGUCAGAGCCAGAAGUGGCUGCCAUUGUGGACUUCAUCACAGGCCAUGGGAACUUCAAGGCUCUGAUUUCCAUCCACAGCUACUCUCAGAUGCUCAUGUACCCUUAUGGCCACUCUCUGGAGCCUGUUUCAAACCAGGAAGAGCUGUAUAAUCUUGCCAAGGAUGCCGCCAAGGCCUUGUUCGAGGUGAAUGGAAUCGAGUACCUUUUUGGCAGUAUCAGCACCACCCUCUAUGUGGCCAGUGGAAUCACCGUGGACUGGGCUUAUGACAGUGGCAUUAAAUAUGCCUUCAGCUUCGAGCUCCGGGACACAGGGCGCUAUGGCUUCCUGCUGCCAGCUUCACAGAUCAUCCCCACAGCCCAGGAGAUGUGGAUGGCAAUAAGGACCAUCAUGCAGCACACCUUGAAUAAUCCCUACUAG